AUGGAAGAGAAAAACUCUACUGAAUAUAUCAACAUGAAACCUCAAGGAAACGACCAACCUGGAAUGAAUCUCGUGUCAGCGCCAUUAAACGACAACAAUUAUUUGACGUGGGCAAGGUCCAUAAAAAUAGCUCUUGGAGCCAAAGAAAAACUCAGCUUCAUCAAUGGAACAUACCAAAAACUUACAGAAGGGAAAGAAGCCAUUAAGGCGUGGAACAAGAAUGAUUGCAUGGUAUUUUCUUGGAUUCUAAGUGCCAUUGCAAAAGAAAUUGCACAAGCUUUCUUGUAUGCGGAAUCUGCCAGAGAUUUAUGGGUGGAGCUUGAAACACGAUUUGGCGAUAGCAACGGACCCCUCCUCUAUCAGAUACAAAGAGAUAUUGCCUCUGUAUCACAGAAGAACAUGAUUGUAGCCGCUUAUUUUACAAAACUUAAAAAGCUCUGGGACGAAUUGGCAACAUUGGAUCCCCUGCCGGUGUGUACCUGUGGGACAAGCAAGAAAUUGGCUGAUAGAGCGACUUCAUAUCAAUUGAUCCAAUUCCUCGUGGGGCUGAGUGAUGCCUACGAUCACGUAAGGAACCAGAUCCUAUUAAUGGACCCAUUGCCGACUGCUGCGAAGGCCUACUCUAUGGUACAUAGAGUUGAGAAACAAAGAGAAAUCAACUCUGGCGUUUCUGAAUUAGACAAGGAGGGUGUCAUGGUUGCACAGGUAUUUGAACCAAGAAAACAAGAAAGCAUAAAAGGAAAUGCAAAGAAAUGGACAUCUGUGGACAAAAGACAAUUGCAAUGCGAACACUGCAAGAAGAAAGGGCACUCAAAGGAAGGAUGUUUUGAGCUGAUAGGCUUCCCUGACUGGUACAAAGCAAUUCUUGACUAG